AAUCAACCCAAGCCGGCAGCGCUCCGGCUCCCGCGGCUCUAAAGCGCCCGGUGCCACUGCCCGGUGGUCCUGGCUUCUGUGUCCCAGGCUCGGCCCCCCUCCUGGCCUGGCUUGGGCCUCCACCCCGCUCCCGCCCCAGCCGCGGCUCGCCGAGCCAGCGGCCAACCGAGCUGCCAGCGACGCCCGCACAGCCGCGGGGGCCCGGGCGGGGGGCCAUGCCUUGCCGGAGGGAGGAGGAGGAGGAAGCCGGCGACGAGGAGGAAGCAGGCGAAGAGGCGGAGGGGGAGGUGGACGAGGACAGCUUCCUCCUGCUGCAGCAGUCGGUGACUCUGGGCGGCUCGACCGACGUGGAUCGGCUCAUCGCCCAGAUCGGCGAGACGCUGCAGCUGGACGCGGCGCACGACAGCCCGGCCUCGCCGCGUCUCGCCCCGGGUCCCCCGCCCCCGCCCCCGCGGGUCCUGGCGGUGCUGCCGGCGGACAAGACCCGGACCCCAGCGAGGCGGCAGCUGGGGCCGACGGGGUCAGCGGAGACCGGGGACCCAGCGCCUCCGGGGGCCGUGCGCUGCGUGCUGGGGGAGCGCGGGCGCGUGCGGGGCCGGUCGGCGCCCUACUGCGUGGCGGAGAUCGCCCCGGGCGCCAGCGCGCUUCCUGGGCCGGGACGGCGAGGGUGGCUCCCGGGCUCCGUGUCUUCUCGGCGAAUCCAACAGCGGCGGUGGACAGCAGGCGGAGCGCGCGCGGCCGACGACGACCCGCACCGGCUCCUGCAGCAGCUCGUGCUCUCGGGAAACCUCAUCAAGGAAGCGGUGCGCAGACUCCAGCGAGCGGUCGCCGCGGUUGCGGCCACGAGCCCCGCUAGCGCCCCGGGGUCCGGGGGUGGCCGAAGCGGACCGGACUCAGUCACCCUGCAGCCCUCGGGUGCCUGGCUCUGACCAGGGAGGGGUGGGGGUGGGGGCCCUGGAGGAGGAAGAGGACGCAGCUACGCGGAUCCAACAGUGUCUUGCCCGGGACAGUGCGGAACAAGACCUGUUGUCCAUCUCUCGGGCUACAGCCUCAAAGUUACCGGUCGGGAGAGGCUGUUAGAGAAAACUGACUCGACUGAGUAGCACCGGCAGCCGAGGACCUGGGAUCUACCGGGAGAACUGUGGCAGCUACUUAAUCCCUGACUUAGCCCUUAUCGUGUGCUUGGAUUGUUUAUAGACGUGGCUCGCAGGGGCGGGUAUCGGGAGGACUUCUAAAAAUACUUGAAAACCAAUAGUAGGCAUAUAUAUGAUCUCGUUAUUUUCAGGUACAGAAGCUUUCUGAAUAUGGUGCUACAGUUGCAGAGCAGAGAGGUUCUAGGAUGAAGAACAUAAGUUGGCAGAUUUGACAAUGCUUGUUUUCUCCUGCUUAAUUUGUGAUUAUAUUUGAUGGGACCUGGUUGGUGGAUUCUCCAAGGUGGGAAAGAGAUGAGUUUAAAUGGGGACGUGCAAAUGAUUCGACCUUGCGGACUUAAACUCAAGGUCAGGUGGAGUGUUGUGGGGUUCUUGGGAGCGCUCACCCCAGUGUCUUUUUCUGGAUCCAAGCACAGACCAGAGUGUUCCUUUGCCACCGCGUAGAGUCUCCCGAGGACACAGGCCGACAGGGCCAUCCAUGUAAGAAGAGUUAUUUGCAGUUUCUGUGCUUUUCUUUUCCAGAACUACUUACUACUACUGCUAGGCCACUCUUUGGCCAUAGCACCAGCUUUCUCAGAGAUGGUCAUAAGCAACCUCCUGACCUCCCCGCGGCCAUUGUGUUUGUAGUGUGUGUGUGUGUGUGUGUGUGUGUGUGUGUGUGUGUAGAGGGGGUAAAGCAGUGGGCACAUUUUUCUGCUCUUUUGACCCUCUGCAGAGUUGGAGGGCGCCUCUCCUACUAAACCUGUCAGUUCUUGGUGAGUGACUGAAACUGUUUUUUAAAAUGUGACUCCAAAAGGAGAAAAUGCUGGCUUUUCCCCUUGUGAACCCCGAGGGGCACCCGUUCUGAGGUGCUACCCCAAACUUUAAGGUAGCUAAACAUUUUUUUUUGUUUUUAAAGAUUCAAUGGCUCGUUCAUCCUCCAGAUGUGGCUAUUGAUGUACACUUCGCAACGGAGUGUCCGAAAUUGUGGUGGUCCUGAUUUAUAGGAUUCAUAAUGAAAAUGUCUGCUGAAUAAAUUUGGUUUUUGUUUUGAAAAA